UGCGGAUGACGACCUUCAUGAAGUAACUGGUGUAGUGCGCGCCACUGUCACUCUCUCGAGCAGCACAGGGUGUCAACGGAGCCGUGAAGAACUCCGGUACACGAACCGGCUGUCGACCCAAUCCAAAACACAGACAGGUCUUCUGGAACGUGUCCAUUUUUCCCAGGAAAUCCAAAAGCCUUUUUCAUCUGGGCAGGAGGUGACUCUUUUCUGUGGAGGCAUUGGGGACAAACAGGAUCUUGCACUGUUGUGAUCGUGAAUGCGGGUGGGGCUCAUUUAAUAGACUGCGAUGCACCGCUUAAGGACUUGUGCAGCACGGCUUCGGCCAAUCACGGCCUCACAGACUGCUAAAAACCUAUCACAGCAGAGGCCAGCAGCCACACCAAGGACGUUUCAGCCACUCAGGUGUUACACAGCACCGGUGGCCGCAGAGCCAUUUCUUAAUGGAACAAGCUCUAACUAUGUGGAGGAGAUGUACUAUGCAUGGUUGGAGAAUCCCAAGAGUGUGCACAAGUCUUGGGACAUUUUCUUCAGGAAUGCUAAUGCUGGUGCCCCCCCAGGUACAGCCUAUCAGAGUCCUCCUCCGCUAGGAAUUAAUCUGGCUGGACUUGCACAGGCCCAGUCUUUGGUGGGGGCCCAGCCAAAUGUGGAGAAGCUGGUGGAGGAUCAUCUGGCAGUCCAGUCCCUCAUCAGGGCAUAUCAGAUACGUGGUCACCAUGUGGCUCAGCUGGACCCCCUUGGGAUUAUGGACGCUGAUCUGGAUUCAUGCGUUCCCGCUGACAUUAUUACAUCCUCAGAUAAACUCGACCUUACACAUGUCAAGAAACGUCUAAGUGCUCUAACCAUUGGAGAGUCUGAAUUUCACUUUGCUGAUAUUUCUCAUUCCUGUAAUUGGGAAAAGGGUUUCUAUGGAUUGGAAGAGUCUGACCUGGAUAAAGUGUUCCGCUUGCCCACCACUACCUUUAUCGGUGGCAAUGAGAGUGCUCUGCCACUCAGAGAAAUCAUCCGCCGACUGGAGAUGGCGUAUUGCCAGCAUAUAGGGGUCGAGUUUAUGUUCAUCAACGACCUGGACCAGUGCCAGUGGAUCAGACAGAAGAUUGAGAGGCCUGGAGUCAUGCAGUUCAGCCUGGAGGAGAAGAGAACACUUCUGGCUCGCAUGGUCCGCUCCACCAGGUUUGAGGAGUUCCUGCAGAGAAAAUGGUCAUCUGAGAAGCGCUUUGGUCUGGAGGGCUGUGAAAGUCUAAUUCCUGCACUCAAAACCAUCAUCGACAAAUCCAGCCAGAACGGAGUGGACGCAAUUAUCAUGGGCAUGCCUCACAGAGGGCGUCUGAACGUGCUUGCCAAUGUGAUCCGUAAGGAACUGGAGCAGAUUUUCUGCCAGUUUGCCUCUAAACUGGAGGCAGCUGAUGAGGGCUCAGGAGAUGUCAAGUACCACUUGGGGAUGUACCACAGGAGGAUAAAUCGUGUGACUGACAGGAAUAUUACCCUCUCACUGGUGGCCAACCCUUCCCAUCUAGAAGCAGUGAACCCAGUGGUUCAGGGGAAGACUAAAGCAGACCAGUUCUACUGUGGAGACACAGAAGGCAAUCGGGUGAUGUCCAUUCUGCUCCAUGGUGAUGCUGCAUUUGCAGGUCAGGGAGUUGUCUUUGAAACCUUCCAUCUGAGCGAUCUGCCUUCCUACACCACACACGGCACUGUGCACGUGGUGGUCAACAACCAGAUUGGUUUCACCACAGAUCCUCGUGUGGCGCGGUCCUCUCCGUACCCCACUGAUGUUGCCCGUGUCGUCAAUGCCCCCAUAUUCCAUGUCAAUGCAGAUGACCCUGAAGCUGUAAUGUACGUGUGUAAUGUGGCCGCAGAGUGGAGAGCCACCUUCCACAAAGAUGUUGUGGUGGACUUGGUGUGUUACCGACGUAAUGGCCACAACGAGAUGGAUGAGCCGAUGUUCACCCAGCCCCUGAUGUAUAAACAGAUCAAGAAACAGAAAGGAGUUCUGCAGAAAUAUGCUGAGAAGCUCAUCACCGAAGGUGCCGUAUCCCGACAGGAGUAUGAGGAAGAGAUUGCCAAGUAUGAUAAAAUCUGCGAGGAAGCUUAUACUCGCGCAAAGGAUGAGAAGAUUCUUCACAUCAAGCACUGGCUGGACUCCCCCUGGCCAGAUUUUUUCACUCUGGAUGGCCAGCCCAAGAGUAUGAGCUGCACAUCUACUGGUCUUUCAGAGGAGGAACUGACCAGCAUUGGACAAGUAGCAUCAUCAGUACCUGUGGAGGACUUUACUAUUCAUGGAGGUCUGAGUCGUAUUUUGAAGAGUCGUGCUGAAAUGAUCAAGAACAGGACAGUGGACUGGGCUCUGGGGGAGUACAUGGCCUUUGGCUCUCUGCUCAAGGAGGGCAUCCAUGUGCGCCUUAGUGGCCAAGAUGUGGAGAGAGGAACCUUCAGUCACCGUCAUCAUGUUCUCCACGAUCAGAAUGUAGAUAAGAGGAUCUGCAUCCCCAUGAAUCAUAUGUCCUCUAACCAAGCCCCUUACACUGUCUGCAACAGCUCUCUGUCUGAGUAUGGAGUACUAGGUUUUGAGUUAGGCUUUGCCAUGGCCAGUCCUAAUGCUCUGGUUCUGUGGGAAGCCCAGUUUGGAGACUUCCAUAACACAGCUCAGUGUAUAAUAGACCAGUUCAUCUGCCCUGGUCAAGCUAAAUGGGUUCGUCAGAACGGCAUUGUCUUACUACUGCCACAUGGCAUGGAGGGCAUGGGCCCAGAACACUCAUCUGCCCGUCCGGAGCGCUUCCUGCAGAUGUGCAAUGAUGACCCUGACUUUAACCCUAAAAUCACAGAUGACUUUGAGGUUCGUCAGCUGUAUGACUGUAACUGGAUUGUUGUGAACUGUUCUACUCCCGCCAACUAUUUCCAUGUUGUGAGGAGGCAGAUCCUUCUUCCCUUCAGGAAACCUCUCAUUAUUUUCACGCCCAAAUCGCUGCUGCGCCAUCCAGAGGCCAAGUCUAACUUUGACCUGAUGCUACCAGGCACUCAUUUCCAACGUGUGAUCCCAGAGGAAGGAAUCGCAGCCAAAAAUCCCUCAGAGGUCAAACGCGUCAUCUUCUGUACAGGAAAGGUCUACUAUGAGCUCACACGAGAACGCAAAGCACACAACAUGGAGAGCUCUGUGGCUAUCACUCGCAUUGAGCAGCUCUCUCCAUUCCCUUUCGACUUGGUGAAGGCUGAGACUGAGAAGUAUCCCAACGCUGACCUGGUCUGGUGUCAAGAGGAGCAUAAGAACCAGGGUUACUAUGACUACGUCAAGCCCCGCAUGCGCACUACCAUCAGUCGUGCCAAGCCUGUCUGGUAUGCUGGCCGUGAUCCUGCUGCUGCUCCUGCCACUGGGAACAAGAACACCCAUCUUCUGGAGCUGAAGCGUUUCUGUGACACUGCUUUCAACCUGGACGCCUUCAAAGACCACAUCUAAAUCUAUCCACCAAUCAGCAAAGAAAACAAAAACUCUCAAACACCUGUUUCCCCAUUAACCAAAAACACCAUGCUAUUUUAUUUAUCCCAAAUAUAAUAGACUAUAGAAUGCAGUUUAUCUGUUGUGUUCAAGCACUUGAGACCCACUCUCCGUUCUAGACACACUUUCAUGAUUAUGUGAAUACAUCAGUCCAAGCUCUGUCCUCAUGUAUCUAAAAUUUUAGUUUAACAGGCUGUUGUUCAUUUCAGGCAUUUAUGCCAGUGUCUCCCAGUUAAACACCAAAAAUAAGACAUGAAGGGCAGCUGAUACAAAUUCACAAAGGUUGAUUUUAAUAAACAAAGACAUAAUAGAACAUGAAAUAUUCAUAUAUACAUGUAUAGUAUUUAGAACCAAAGUACACUUCCAGUCCUGUUGAUAAGAACUUUAUUAAACAUGAAAUCUGUUGCUUCUAAACUAAUAGUUAUGGGGUUUUAUAUCAUGACGGUUGAGGGGCAGUUUUCUGAGUGCUACUUUUAUCCCAACUAUCAACAGCUGCAUGGCUUUACUUUGUAUGUUUGUGGUUUCUUUUCUGUGAGUUGUUUUACUUUGUGUAUUGAAAAUUGUGGGCUAAAUUUAAAAUAAGGAAAAGUGUUGGCACAUACAUUUGCAGUGUCUCAUUAGUGAGGAAAAAUUACACCAUCUGUAACUUUGCACUGUUUUCUGGUAAGAGGGAAAAAACUGUUGCAUUUGUAUGAAUGUAUUUAUGUAAAAAUGUCUCUGAGGUGGAAAGGCUCAAUGUCAAAAUCAGGAUUCUUAGUUGUAUGUGUCUCUGUUGAGGCAGUUUGUCUCUGAUCUGUUAUCAUUUGCCUAAAGAUUGCAUUGCACACUUGUCCAAUCAUUGAUGCUGCCUGGUACAGAUGUAAAAAAAAAUCUCCACAAAUCCUUUUGCCAUCUGAUAACUUGUGCCAUAAAAGCCCAACAGAGCUGCAGUAAGACUUCAUAUAAGUCAAAAAUGUUAUCUGUUCAUGGUUUCUCUUUUACAUAGAAACAGGAAAUCAUAUCCUUUUGGCACUUUUAAAGAGAAGCAAAUUAUUUUAUUUAUUUUGUUUUCCGAGGAUUAAAAAUGUGUCCUCAUAACGGUUUAGCUUCAUACAAUAAACUCAAUAUCGUCUCAGAUUUUUGAAGUUGUUA